CGGAUGGUCCAGCUUGUGCAACAUGCCGUGAAAAGUGCCGAGGAUGCGAUCGAGCGAGACCAGUAUGCGGAAGAUGUGCCACUAUGGGUCUUCCGUGUAAAGGAUAUCCAGAAAAAUUCCGUUUCUGCGGCAUUGCGUCGCGGGAAGAGCAAAUAUUCAUCAGUAUCCUCGCCAAAGAAAUCAACGACUCUCAAAGAGAUACCUCCUGCCCAACAGACCCUGACCCCCCAGUCAUUUCCAGGGCUUUUGGCGCCAACCGAUCAAGGCACAGAUUUUCAGAUUAUCUUCUCCGAUCCACAGCCCGGAGUUGAUCACGUAUUCCCGACUGAUGUAUCUCCAAUCGAUACACAGCCGAGUCAGCAGCUACUGGUAAAUGAUCGAGCUGUCGAGCUUGAUGACUUACUGAUGCUAGAUAGAACGGAAUCGCUCCUUGAAUACUACCCAGAGCGACUAUGUUUCUCUCCAGAAUUACGACAAACUAUUGUGAACCUCACCAACGUGAAGUUUGAGCUUGUCAAUGGCUGUCCCCGUGACCUUUUUUUGAUGAUGGGGAAUGCCCUGGAAUAUUCCAAGCUAUAUUCCUCGGGGAAAAUCGACCAUUUACGACAUAAACAGCUUAUUGAAGAAACUCGAUUUAGGAUAUAUUCCUGGCAGUUGGGAGAUGGUUUUUAUCCGGAUGGGGACUCACGCUGGGGUUUUGUCGCCGAGGCCUAUCGUCACGCAUGCAUAAUCCAUACAACCCGUCUCUUAGACGAAUAUAUGCCUGUGGAAACACCCAUUAUCCAGGCAUCAGUUACAAUAAUCUUGGAUUCUGUGUCAGAAAUUCCAACAGACUGUUACCUUCUCGAGCUUCUUGUGCUGCCGCUUUUUAUAGCCGGCACAGAAUGCCUGAGUUCACAUGCGCGACAUUAUGUUCUCCUACGGUUGGAAAACGUUCGAGCCAUGGCAGGGGUCGGGAAUAGCUUGACUAAUGCCUUGCUGAAAUGUGUAUGGGAUGCCCGGGGAAACCAAGCGAAGAAUGACCACCGCAACAUCCCUUGGAUGCUAUUUACCUUAUCAGAGCGCCACAAUGACUAUCUCAUAUUAUGA